CCCUGCCUUUACUCUCCUCCUCUGUCUUACUUAGGACUCUCAGCCAUCCAUGAGUGUGACCAACUCCUCUGCCUAUCGAUCGGAGCGUAGUUUCCACCAGACUUCAUCCUCAUCCUCAUCCUCUGGUAACCCAUACAUGGAGAAGAGCCGGGGACUGUUUGCUGAGGAUUUUGGCUCCUUCAUGAGGCCUGGGAGCGACACCUUGGGAUUUUCCAGCGGAGCUGGAAAUAUCAAGGCUCUUGGGGAUUCGUACCAGUUCACAGUUGACGUGCGAGACUUCUCCCCUGAAGAUGUCAUCGUCACCACAUCAAAUAACCAGAUUGAAGUUCAUGCAGAAAAGUUGGCCCAGGAUGGCUCGGUGAUGAACACUUUCACACACAAGUGCCAACUACCUGAGGACGUGGACCCCACCUCAGUGACAUCAUCACUGGGCGGUGAGGGGACCCUAACAGUCAGAGCACGGCGACACCCGGCCAAACACGAGCUCGUACAGACCUUCCGCACCGAGAUCAAGAUCUAGAGAGGGACCCACUAUCUCAUCACAAACCUUUCACUUUUUGUGUUUUUAUUUGUGUUCUCUGUUUCCUGUCCAUUCUACUUUAAAUACACAUAAGGCACUGUGUUCAAUAAAGCAUGCCAUGUCCUUCUUACAAUGACUGCAGCAAUGCCUGUUGCUGCUCAUUUAUAUUCUAGUCAGUUCACUACACACAUCUGCAAUAGGUCACACCUGCACUUAACAUAUUGAGACAGGGGCUUGGACAUAUAUGCAAAUACACACACACACACACACACACACACACACACACACACACACACACAAUUAACUGAUGGUUGCCACAUUAAUUAUAAUUUAUUGUAUGUUAUUAUUUGUGUGAAUAAAUAUUUUUAGAUCAGAACCAGAACUUUCAAAGUAUCACUGUCUUUAUUUAACAUGCUGAUGAAUUAAUACCCCAACACCAUUGUUUUCUUCAAGGCUUCCAAAGCAAACGACUCUCAAAAUCAAUCCAAAACAGAGUAGGCCUAGCAUUCAGUUACUUUACAAAGGAUAAAUGGUGCCUCUAUCCGGUCUUUUGUGUGUUGAGGCGUUUAUGAGGCAUCUGUCCUGUUUUCUUGAGAAAAGACUUUCAAAGGGGUUAUUCAUGCAAAAUAAUUGUAAAGCCCUUGUUAUAUGGCUAUAAUUUACUACGUUUGAGGCAGGUUGUGGCCUUUGCAUUUUGAUGCGCUUCCCUCUGAUGAAGACCACAUGAUUAAGAGAUUUAUGAAAAAAAGCAGAAAAAAUAUUGAUGUAUGAUGAUUUUUUGUGCAUGUACAUUUUUACCACGAAGGUGUCCAGAGGGUGCCUAAAUUUAAAUCUGACACCACAGAAUAAAUACUAAUGCAAUCAA